UAUGUUUUGUUUUUCUUGUGCCACUUGCAUUUCCUCUGUGUAAUGCCUCUGAGGAUAGAAACAAAACUAUCUUCUCUUUUUUUCCCCRAUCUGUAGCUGGAACUGACUAGUGCCUUGCUUUUUAUGCAGCUGGAUAUUCUGUAAUGGUGUUAAUCUUGCUCUGUAAAAUGAGAAAUGGCAGAUGAAAGUUUAUUCCGGGAUGUCCUGGAAAUCCUGACGAAAGCCUCAAAUGAAAUGGAGCGGGUGCCUGAGGAGGCCUGGGAGUCAGGAGAUGCAGCCACCUGCCUGCUGCUCAUAGCAGAGUGCUUCCGGUGUCUGAGGAACGCUUGUGUUCAGUGUGCCAAGAAUCAGCACCUCAUGAGGAACUUGGGUCUGAUUGCUACAUCUGUCCAUUUGAUCAAGGUACUUCAUGGAGCACAAGUGAAACAAGAGUCCUUAUUAACUGCUUUUCGUUGUAGCCUCCAGUUUCUUGGAAACGUUGCAGCAGGAAAUGGAGAUUCCCAGAAUAGCAUUUGGAAGUGUGCUUUCCCAGAUCUCUUCUUGACCUGCCUUAGUUACAGUGAUGAGAAAAUUGUUGCCUAUUGUUGCAUGGUCCUAUUCACUUGUCUGAAUUCAGAGAGAGUGAGAGAACUGCUGGAUCCUGGGAACUUGGCUGUGCCUCUCCGUGUUCUUCAAGUCUACAGAGAAGAGUUGGAGACUGAGUGGUCGUUCUUGAUUGUUACAGACCAUUUGCUGAAAUGUCCAGAGUUGGUAAAAGCCCUCUAUGCCAAACUGAGCAAUCAAGAAAGAGUUACUUUGUUAGACCUGAUAAUGGCGAAAAUAAGUGAGAAGAGCCCUGUUACCAAUGAAGAAACGAUGGUGUUCUUGARACACGCUGACUUCCUUGCAGGCUGUUUCCAGGAGAAAUGCCAAGCUGUGCUCAAGUUGACUUCUGCAGCAGAUGCCAAGGAUGAGGAAGCACUGGUUACAAUAAGACUCCUUGACGUUCUUUGUGAAAUGACAUCAAGCAAUGGCCAGCUAGAGCGUGUGCAAGUUUUGCCUGGGUUGCUUGAAACAGCUCUAGAUACCCUGAGAUUAACUCAUCUUGCUGGGAAACAGACUGUAAAUAUUUUCACUGCCACACAUGCUAUGACAGGGCAGGAAGAAAUUUCACAUCCAGCUGUGGGUUUUAAAUCUCAUCUCAUUCGUUUGAUUGGAAAUUUGUGUUAUAAAAAUAAGGAAAACCAAGACAAGGUUUAUCAGUUAGAUGGUAUUCCCUUGAUCCUGGACAACUGCAGCAUUGAUGACAACAAUCCUUUCGUGAACCAGUGGGCUGUGUUUGCUAUCCGCAAUCUCACUGAGCAAAACCAGAGAAACCAGGAGCUCAUUGCACAGCUGGAGGAGCGAGGGCUGGCAGACAACUCUGUCCUCGAGAGUAUGGGUCUGCAGGUAGAGAAACAAGAGGACAAGUUAAUCCUGAGAUCUGGUAGAAAAAAACCUUGAGGAACCAAAUAGGAACAGUUGAAUCACUGAAAGAGAACUUCUCCCUCAACAUGUUUUCCUUUGUAAGGCAAUSGAGUUUUCUUCAAUUUGCGUUCUACUUGGAUGGAAAUACUGUGUUCUUUUUUUCUCUGAAAAACUGUCAAAUAAUAGUUGUCCCUCACUGUUACAAAMAAAUGGGCACCUAUAAAUUUUCUGACUACCUGGAAAAUUAUCUGCUUAGGAAAGAAAAAAACCCAAACUUUUCACAUGGGUGAAACUUUAUUGCUUUCUUGUUUAGUAAGAAAAUAUCAUGCAUCUAGCAUAGUACUGAGUUGUUAGCAAUUUCCAUUGAARGAAUUAUCAUUAAAAACCCUACAAAGGGAUAAAACUGCUUUGCAGCGUGCCUUAAAAGAUUUAUGGUGUGUCAGGGGUAAACAAAUGAAAG